GCUUGGUGUAUGAACUGGAUGGGUGGGUGUGCAUGCGCUCCAGUCACGAGCAAAGGAAAGGGAAAUCAUUGUAAAUCCAAUUCAGUGCCUUGCGCAUCCUUUUGACAAAACGUAGGGGGUAAAGACGUUAUUUUGACUUCCUUUUCCUCAGCAUUUCGGCUCUGUCCUCUCUGUGCAUCGUACAGACAGGCAUCGAUUGGCCGAGGUUCACCUGAGGUUUUUUGCCAUCUACGGACGUUCAUUCAAACCGCUUCCACCAGCAUUAAAACUACCGAGUUUUAUAAGAAACAUCGCUCAAGCUUCUGCACUUCUGGACCGGAGAUCUGGAGAUGAAGACAGACUUUACGUUUUUCUGUCGGACUUGGAUUGGAAUAGCAUAUGCCUCAGGUUUGGUGAUUGGCUUUUCUAUGACUCCACCCAUCCUUGACAGCUCCAAAGACGACCUAGUGAUUCCAGUCCACCAAACGCUCACUAUUACAUGCAGGGGACAGCACACUCUGGCCUGGGCCUGGCCUGAUCAGACUCUGGUGGGACAGGAGCUAACCGACCGUCACGCCCAGCUGCCGACCACCAGGGCCCCCGGGCAGAGGGUCGCCUUGGUCAGCGAGUGUCCGGGGCAGCCUGGGAGGCCGUACUGCAAGAGGCUGGUCCUGAAUGGGGCGCGGGCCCAGGACACCGGCUACUAUCGCUGCUAUUACAAGGAUGUCAAGGCCGUCAUUGUUGGCAUCACAGCCGUCAGCGUUUAUGUCUUUGUCAGAGAUCCCGAGCAGCCCUUCCUCAGGAGAGGCAGCUACAGCGAGGGCAACAAAAAUGACCUGGAGACCAUUUUAAUCACGCGGUCCUUCACACACGUCAUAGUGCCAUGUCUGGUCACAGUGCCUGAUUUGAACGUCACUCUCCACGCGUAUCCCUCGCCUCUGGAGAAGAGCUGGAUGACAUGGGACAACAAGCGAGGCUGGUCCAUUCCCAGACAAAUCAUAGACAUUGUGCCGCUCAUCGGAGUUUCGUGUGUCGCCACACUGGGAGGCAAAGAGUAUAAAUCUGCAGACUAUCUGAUCCACGUUACAGGAAGUCAGGUUUACGAUGUCAAGCUGUUUCCUGAGGACCCAGUCGAGCUGAUAGUGGGGGAGGCCCUCACCCUGAACUGCACAGCGACGGUGGAGUUCAACGCUGGAGUGGAUAUUCAGUGGUCUUACCCUGGCAAAGAGACGAACAGUUGGGUGGACACUAAGCCCCAUCGUGAAGCUCUGUCUCACGCUACAGAGGCUGUUAGCAUCUUGACCAUCCACAGCGUCAAUGUCACAGACACUGGCCUGUACAGUUGCAAUGUCACCAGCAUGGACACAACACGAACCCAACAAACUCAGGUCAUAGUUUAUGAAAAGCCCUUUAUCAGCCUCAACUACAGAAAUGGACCAGUGGUGGAUGUAACUGCUGGCCAGAAGUCGUUCAAAUUACAAGUAAACGUGUCUGCCUUCCCCCCACCUGAAACACAAUGGUAUAAAGAUGGAAAGCUGAUAAACCAGCGCCCAGAGUUCAAGAUGAAAAGGAUGAGGAUGCACCUUAACCAUGCUUUGGAGAUUAAGGAUGUUUGUCAGGAGGAUUCUGGGCUCUACAUGGUGGUGCUGAAGAACCGUGGCGCUGCGCUGGAGAGGAGGCUCAACAUCACGCUUGUCGUCAAUGUUCCCCCACAGAUCCAUGAGAAAGAAGUGGCAGAUCCGUCCAGUCCUUAUCCAAGUGGCAGCAGCCAGACCCUAACAUGCACUGCCUAUGGUCUCCCUACUCCCAUUGUCAGCUGGCAGUGGAGGGCCUGGGGCCCGUGUGUCCUCAACAGCACUCAGAGCAGACUGGUCCGACGAGACAGGAAGAGCCGGAGUGACAGGAUCGCAGACUGUCAGAACUGGCAGGACAUUAACUCGGAAAACGCCAUGAAUGAAAUCGAGGCUAUUGAAACGUCAGUCGAAGUGGUGGAUGGCCGACAAAAGAUAGUGAGCAGGCUUCAGAUUCGAAACGCCAGUGUUUCCGUCAUGUUCAAGUGUUCUGCUGAAAACAAAAUCGGCAAAGAUGAGCGGCUGAUCUACUUCUAUGUAACCACCAUCCCUGAGGGGUUCAGUGUGCACGUUCAGCCCUCGGAGAAUCCCCUGGAGCAGGAGAAAGUGUCCCUGUGCUGUAGCGCUGACAAUUACACCUACGAGCAGCUGCAGUGGUACCGCCUCGACCCCCAGGCCCUGCAGGACGUGCAGGGAAAGCCCCAGGAGCUGGACUGCAGGAGUGUGCACCUCUACGCGGACACUCUUGAUGGCCAGCUCUCCUUCCAGGAGCCCACCAACAGCUGGGUCCUGGACUUCACCAUCCCCUCCAUAAAGCUGCAGGAUGAGGGUCAUUAUGUGUGUGAGGCUCAGAGCAGGCGGAGCGGGGAGAAACAGUGCCUGUUCAGAUACAUCCCUGUCAAAGCCCUGGAGGCGCCUCGGUACAAGCGCAGCCUCACCAACCAGACAGUGAAUGUGACCGAGUCUCUGCGAAUGGAGUGCGACGUGGAGGGCAGACCUCUACCCCGCCUCUCCUGGUUCAAAGACAACCAGCCUCUCCACCAAAUGUCAGGGAUCCAGCUGCAGGAUUCAAACCGCACGCUGAGUAUCCAGCGGGUUAGAGAGGAGGACGCCGGCCUUUACACCUGCACCGCCUGCAACCAGCGUGGUUGUGUCCACUCCUCAGCCGCCAUCCGGGUCAUCGGAUCAAGUGACAAGGCCAACGUGGAGAUUGUAAUCCUCAUCGGGACUGGAGUCAUCGCUGUUUUCUUCUGGGCCUUGCUCAUCCUCAUCUUCUGCAAUGUGAAGCGGGUUAACCCGGCAGACAUAAAGACAGGCUAUCUGUCAAUCAUUAUGGACCCGGGGGAGGUGCCUCUGGACGAGCAGUGUGAAUACCUGCCCUACGACUCCUCGCAGUGGGAGAUCUCCAGAGACAGACUCCGAUUGGGGAAGGUUUUAGGCCACGGCGCCUUUGGAAAAGUAAUUGAGGCGUCAAUCUACGGCAUCAGAAAGAGCAACAGUUUGGACACAGUGGCUGUCAAGAUGCUGAAGGAUGGAGCCACAGCCAGUGAGCAUAAGGCCUUGAUGUCAGAGUUAAAGAUACUGAUUCACAUCGGUAACCAUCUGAAUGUAGUGAACCUGUUAGGAGCCUGCACCAAACCAAACGGUCCACUGAUGGUGAUAGUGGAAUACUGCAAGUACGGGAAUCUGUCCAACUUCCUACGAGCCAAGAGAGAGUUCUUCCUCCCGUACAGGGAUCGGUCUCCUAAAACUCAGAGCCAGGUGAGACGGAUGAUUGAGGCGGGUCAAAUGGACCAAAGAGCUCGCCGCCCACCUUCUCCAUCCUCCUCCCCGCUCAGCAGUCCUCAGACUCCAUCUUCCAACGUGCCCGAUCCGAAUCCUGCUGUGGAGAAAAUGGAAGACUUGUGGAAAACUCCUCUGACGAUAGAAGAUCUAAUUUGCUACAGUUUCCAGGUGGCUCGUGGGAUGGAGUUCCUGGCCUCCAGAAAGUGUAUCCACAGAGACCUGGCAGCCCGGAACAUUCUCCUGUCAGAGAACAACAUUGUGAAGAUCUGUGACUUUGGCCUGGCCAGAGACAUAUACAAAGACCCCGACUACGUCAGGAAAGGCAAUGCUCGUCUGCCUCUGAAGUGGAUGGCUCCAGAGAGUAUCUUUGACAAAGUAUACACGAGCCAGAGUGACGUGUGGUCUUUUGGAGUUCUCCUCUGGGAAAUCUUUUCACUGGGUGCGUCUCCGUACCCGGGAGUACAGAUUGACGAAGACUUUUGCAAAAGAUUGAAAGAUGGCGUCAGGAUGAGAGCACCAGAGACUGCCUCCCCUGAAAUAUAUGGCAUCAUGCUGGCCUGCUGGCAGGGUGAGCCCAAAGAGAGGCCAACGUUCCCUGCCCUGGUGCAGAUCCUGGGAGACCUGCUGCAGGACAACAACCUACCUGACGGGAAGGACUACGUCCCUCUGAACCACUCGCAGAGCUCAGAGGAUGAUGGUUUCUCACAGGCCUCAUCACGGCCUCCAUCUGAAGAGGAGCUUAGACUGGCCUGCAACACUCUGCCCACAAGGUAUUAUAACUGUGUGCCCUUUGCUGGCUGUGUGUUUGCGGGACCCUCCAAAAUGUGCCAGCCCAGAGUGAAGACAUUUGAAGAGUUGCCCCUGGAGAUGCACCCACAGAAAUCUCCUCAAGACAACCAGACGGACAGCGGGAUGGUUCUGGCCUCUGAAGAAUUUGAGAGAAUUGAACACAAGCACAGGGGUGGCGUCUCAAAAAGUCGUAUAAGCAGCAGCAGCAGCACAGAGCCUCUGACAGCCUCCCAUGGUUCCCCGGGUCGAAGCAGUGGCGCCGGCAGCUCCAGGCACCGUCCCAGCUUUUUCAGCCAGCUUUCAGGACAGACCUUCUACAACAACGAGUACGGACACUUGUCCGAGGAGGGCUUCUGCGACUUCUUCUCCUCGCCCAACGUCCCCUGCCUGGCCUCCUCCAAUGUGUAAUCUUACCAAAGAUGGAGCCCGAGAGAAAGGAGAGGGUUAAAAAAAAAAAAAAAAAAGUGGACAGCUCAGGUCGAGGGAGGUGUGUAGGCUUUAGUAACAUCCCAGUAUUGACAUAUAACUAGUCAUUUAUUAAUGAAGAUAAGGUUAUAGAUCCUUAUGACUGGAGCUGACCUCUACUCAUCUCAAAAUCCCUCCUCUCUCCUCUUGGGCUGCUGCCUCAACAAACGGACUGAGCUAUAUGUGCCUGACGUUCCUCUAAUAAGCCACUGGGUGGCAGCAUUAUGACACAAACAAACCCAAAGUAUUAUCUAUUCACAUUUAUAUUUUUAUCUUUUAUAUACAGAGUAUUCUUCCUUUUUUUGUACAAAUUAUGACUCAUACGGGAAGAAAUAAAGAAAUUUAUCUUC